AUGAGCCAAGAACUACCAAACCUGGACUUUCCGCAUACAUUUAAUGAAGCUGAAAGCGAGAAAGAGAUGUUAGCCUUUGCCUACACUUUGGGCGAUAGAGUAAAGGGUUAUUUAGAGGCUGAACAACAACGAGACAACGCAAAUGGCUUAACAGUCGUCGCACAGUUCUACCAAGAUUCUAUGUCUGCCUUCAGUAAAAUUGUGCCAUGGUUAUUUGGCGAAUUGGAAAAAAUUGAUAAUCCCGUAAUAGCACACACGUUGAAUACAAUUGUGAUUGGUCAGUUUUAUGAUUUCACCACCAUGACCGAGCGUUUGUCUGAACUGCGGGCCGUUAAACCCCUGUCGGUCACCGGCAAUGAGCACAACCUUAUCAACCGAUUGAAUGCAUUGGAGAGCCGAGUGUUGGCCGCCGUCGAGGGCGCAAAAAAUAAAGGACUUAGAAUCGUUCGCAAUUUUCCCGUUAUGAACGCAUAUUACGAUAAGAUCAAUGCAUUUUUGAGCGCUGAGUUCCCCAAACUGAAUGAAGCAAUCGGUAACUUACCCUCAGCUUCACUCAGACAGCAAACCAUUCAACAACUGAUCAUCGAUUUGACACACUUGACCCAAAUACCAUUUAUGCUUUAAUUAUUAAUUAUUAUA